GCUGCUGACCUGCUGACACAUGAUCUUGAGCAGGUUUGUUCUGGCUUUAGCUUGGUGACUGUUUUGAAAACACAUCUGAAACUCAACAGAUUUUCAAAGACAAGAACAUUUGAAAUGGAUGAAGUGGAUGAAAUGUCAUUUUGCUCUUUUUAUGGCGGAGAGGAAUACAAAAACCACUUUCAACCCGGUAUCUAUGUGUGUUCUGAAUGUGGGCAUGAGUUAUUCUCCAGCACAUCAAAGUUUGAGCACUCAACUCCUUGGCCGGCUUUCUCUGAGACAAUCCAAGAGGACAGUGUCUCCAAACACCCUGAAGCAUGGGGACCUUUAAAGGUUUGUUGUGGGAAAUGUGGCAAUGGUCUGGGUCAUGAGUUUUUGCACGAUGGACCAAGAGAAGGGCUUUCACGGUUCUGAAUAUUCAGCAGCUCACUGACGUUCAUCCCUAAAAAAAAAGCUGAUGGACAGAAAGCUGAGUUGUGAAAUAGAGGGCAUUUUCUCCUCCUGCUGAAGGUGCAGACCACGGAUGAAGAGCUCUAGAAUAAAGCCUGACGGAGCGCUGGAGCUCUGAUGGACAGUGGCCUCACUGUGCAGCAACAACAGACAAACACUCUCAUUACACAUCACUCCACUCCUUUAGACUGACCCAUGUUACAUUUAAUGCUCCUCCUUGGAAAAGAGGAAACAAUGCUUAAAAUAGAAGCAAAAGUAUCCUAUGGAUUGUGAUACAUUUUGCACAUUGGUUGCACUCUUCCUUGCAGUGACUCUUUGAGGUUGUAAUUGUGUGCUUUCACCAGUUGAUGGUGCUGUAUGCCACAAAAUGUUUCACUUUGAUACAACUCAACUCAAUACUUUGGCUGUUAAAGAGACAGCUUGUAUGUUCAUGAAAGGCUUUGGAUUGAUUGUGUGUGUGUGAAUACAUCUGACAGUUCAAAGUCCUACUGUCUUGUUUAUACUGC